AUGACAGGUGCUCUUACAGAAGCUAUAAUUAUCAUCCAUCCUGAAUUCUCUUUGGAUCAGGAACUCGUCGGCCGCGAACGGUGCCAAAUUGCCGACACUCGUGCACUUCCUCCUUCGAUUGGAUGUAUCACGAAGCCUGAUACGGACGCUAUCGUCUUGGAUAAGAGUCUUGUUCAGCCGCGAAGAACGUUCGAGGUAGAAGAAAUGGCAGCGACAACGUAUGAUCCGUCAGCUUUCGAGAGUGACUACAUUGAAGUCUCUCCUUUAAUGGGCACGCCCUAUGCCGAAGUCCUGCGCGAGCAGACCAUUGAGCUACAACAUCUACGCUCGGUAUGCGCGAAAAUACAAAGCAGCAUAGAUCUAGCCACAAGCUCAACGGACUUUGAUGUGCAAGGUUUCCAGGCCAGUAUGGAACGGCAAAUAUCUGCAGUAGAUAUGACGAUCAAAAUUGUCAAAGACGGCAUGCGUGGUUGUGGUGUGGUCGCAAAAUUCGAUGAUUGCCAUCUUGCAUCAGAAGCGGGCUUCCAAACGUUCAAUAGUGUGCUGCAAGUUGCCUUCGUCGAUUUGCAGAAGCAGAUUUCAGUGCAGCCGCACAACGCUGUGAGGGUUGGUGAAAAGCGUACACUCGCUAUCAAGAGUAGAAGCUCUGACACCAGGCUCAAGCAAUAUUCGCCGCGAAAAAAUUUGAGGAUCAGUUCCAUGCGUCCCCAGAACAACGCACUAGUACCAAGCAAUACAGAUGCAAGGCACCGCGGUGAGUUGCUCGUCCCAUCCGGGCCCAAUGAGUACCUGAGAAAGUCGCUCAAACCGAACCCAAUAAAGGGUGAAAGACAAAAGCAUAAGAACCUAUCUCAGCGCAUAGCCGCCAUUGGCGAGGAAACCGCGAAUCAAAUCAUCGAGUGCAUAGAAGCGCCGGGCCACGAAGAAGAGUACUACCUCCGGCUACUAUCACUAGUUCAGGACGGGCAGGUCCUGCCAGACUUGCUACCAGAAUCAGCAAACGCGAUUCUAUCGGCUUUCUUCAAGGCUCCUAAGGUCGAUCUGGGUGCUACCGUUGAUUUAGGGAGUGUUAAUGAAGUACUUAUCCAGCAUUGGUUUAGGCUGCUCAGUCCCUGGCGGCAGUCACUCUUUUGCCAACCCAUACAACACCAAUGGGAAAAUAUGCCUAACAUUGGGACGCCUGAAUUUAUUGGAGAAUUUGGAGCACUAUUAAUCAGGUUUCGGGAGACUAUUCGUUCUGAAAUAGGCGACAUGCUCGAUUACGAAUACUACUGCCUCAAGAUAGCUAUCUCGCAAAAGAUAAUUGGGAACAAGGACUUUGUAAUAGCGAAAUUAAAAGGAGAGAUUAAGGAAAGGGACCAAAAUAUCACGGAGUCAGUCGGGAAGAUUCAGGAAAUGAAUAAAAAUAUCGUGGAAUCACAAAGGCAGGUUACAGAAGUUACAAAGGAAAUGAUGGAAUUACGAGAACAGAAUGAGAAAUAUAAUAAUAACGUCGUGGAGUUGGAAAGGAAGAUUGAGGAAAAGAACGACGAGAGCAAGAUCGUGGAGUUAGAAAGGAAGAUUGAGGAAAAGAACGACGAAAUUGUGGAGUUAAGGGGGAAGCUUGAGGGAAAGAACGACGAGAGCAAGAUCGUGGAGUUAGAAAGGAAGAUUCAGAAGAAGAACGAUGAGAGCAAGAUCGUGGAGUUAGAAAGGAAGAUUCAGAAGAAGAACGAUGAGAGCAAGAUCGUGGAGUUAGAAAGGAAGAUUCAGAAGAAGAACGAUGAGAGCAAGAUCGUGGAGUUAGAAAGGAAGAUUGAGGAAAAGAACGACGAAAUUGUGGAGUUAAGGGGGAAGCUUGAGGGAAAGAACGACGAGAGCAAGAUCGCGGACUUAGAAAGGAAGAUUCAGAAAAAGAACGACCAAAUUGUGGAAUUAAGUGAGAAGCUCGAGGGAAAGAACGACGAGAGCAAGAUCGUGGAGUUGGAAGGGAGAGCCUCGUGA